AUGAAGGAAAGUAAUACAGAAAAAAAAAAUAUGCCUAUUAUUAACAACCCAUUCUUAAAUAUUAAAAAAGAUAACUUAGAUGAAAAGAAAGAAGUUAAUUUAUUAAAUGAAGAAACUGUUAAUAAUACAAGAAAAAAUGAUCAUAUAAAAGAAAAAAAAAAAAAAAAUGAACUUGAUGGAGUUAUGAAUAAUAUAGACAAAAAUAGUUCACAUGGAAUUUAUAAUAAAAAAUUAAAUGAAAAUGAAAUUGUGAAAGAUAAAAAAAAUACAGUUAAUAUAGACAAUUUUUCAUUCUCAUCUAGUGAUUCUAAGGAACAUUUAUAUAAGAGUUUACCUAAAAGUAAAGUAAAAAAUAUCAUUAAAAAAUAUAGUUCAUCAAGUUCAGAUGAGGAAGAUGAUGAUUUUAAUAAAAAUGAAUUUAAAAAAAAUACUAAAAGUAAGGAAAAUGAAAUGGACUAUAAAAAUAAUAAUACAAGUGAUGACUUAAGAAAUAUAAAAUAUCAAAGUAAAAAGAUGUUUGCUAAUAUUUCUAAUAAUGAUGAAAAAUUAAUAUUUUUGCCUAAAAAAGUAAGAGAAGAAAAUAGAAGAAAACUAGAAAAACAAAAUGAAAUAAUAAAUAAAAAUGAAGAAGUAAAUAAAAAAAAUUAUACAAAAGAGGAAAGUAGAAAAAAUAAAGAAGAAAAGACAGAUUAUAAUGAUAAGAAGAGGCAAAAAAGAAAAGAACUAAGUGAAGAUAAAAAGAGAAAAGAUAUAAUUGAUGAAAAAAAGAAAAUGAAAAAAAAUGAAGAAAAAUAUGAUUCGAAUUGUAAUACUAUUGAGGAAUAUAAAUCGUCUCAUGCAAAACCAGAAUCCUCCUUAGCAGAAUUAAAUAUGUUAAAUAUAAGUAAUAUAGAAAAGGAAAGCUUAAGAGAAAAAGAAAUUGAGAUUAUAAAGCAGCAAUAUUUAGGAUUAAAUAAGAAAAAGAAAAAAAUUCAGAAACCAUCUGAAAAAUUUAGAAAUAUUUUUAAUUUUGAAUGGGAUCAAUCAGAAGAUACUUCAAGAAAUGAUAAUAACCCAUUAUAUCAAAAUAGAUUAGAACCACAGUUAUUAUUCGGUAGAGGAUAUAUAGCAGGUAUAGAUGUAAGAGAGCAAAGAAAAAAAAAUAAUUUUUAUGAUAAAUUAGUUCAGAAUAGAAUAAAUUUAAACUUAAAAAAAAAUGUAGAAAAUAGUUUAAAAAAAGAUAAUUCAGGAAAUGUAACAAAUAAUCUUAACAAUAGUUCAUUGAGUAAAAAUAAAAGUGGAGAAUUUAUAUAUGAACCAAAAGUAAAUAACAUAAUUAAAGAUGUAUGCCACAAGCAUUGGAGUGAGAAGAAAAGAGAAGAAAUGACAGACAGAGAUUGGAGAAUAUUUAGAGAAGAUAAUGAAAUUUACAUCAAAGGUGGUAUAGUACCUCCUCCUAUAAGAACAUGGGAAGAAUCAAAUUUGUCUGUGGAUUUAUUAAAAGCAAUUAAAAAAGCAAAAUAUGAUAAACCUACUCCUAUUCAAAUGCAGGCCAUACCAAUUGCAUUAGAAAUGAGAGAUUUGAUAGGAAUAGCUGAAACAGGUUCAGGAAAAACAGCAGCAUUUGUUUUACCUAUGCUUUCAUACGUUAAGCAAUUACCUCCAUUAACAUAUGAAACAUCACAAGAUGGUCCAUAUGCUCUCAUUAUUGCACCAUCGAGAGAACUAGCUAUACAAAUAUAUGAAGAAACAAACAAGUUCGCAUCUUAUUGUUCUUGUAGAAUGGUUGCAAUUGUGGGAGGAAGAAAUGCAGAAUCUCAAGCUUUUGAAUUAAGAAGAGGUGUAGAAAUAAUUAUAGGAACCCCAGGAAGAAUACAAGAUUGUUUAGAAAAAGCAUAUACUGUUUUGAAUCAAUGUAAUUAUGUUAUAAUUGAUGAAGCAGACCGUAUGAUGGAUAUGGGAUUUGAAGAUACAGUUCAUUAUAUUCUUGAUAAAAUACCAACAAGUAAUUUAAAAUCAGAAGAUGAUGCUUUAGCAUUACAAGAAGAAAUGAUGGCAAAAGCUGGACAUCGUUUAUAUAGAUUAACUCAAAUGUUUUCAGCUACUAUGCCACCAUCUGUUGAAAGAUUAUCGAGAAAAUAUUUAAGAGCACCUGCAUAUAUUUCUAUUGGAGAUCCUGGUGCAGGAAAAAGAUCAAUUGAACAGAAGCUAGAAUUUAUCACAGAAGGAAAGAAAAAACAGAAGCUGCAAGAAUUAUUAGAAAUUCAUGAACCACCAAUUAUAGUGUUUGUUAAUCAAAAAAAAGUUGCUGAUAUUAUUGCAAAAUCUAUAAGUAAAAUGAAAUUUAGAGCUGUAUCAUUACAUGGUGGUAAACCACAAGAAAUAAGAGAGCAAACAUUAGCUGCAUUCAAAAACUCAGAAUUUGAUAUAUUAGUUGCAACAGAUGUUGCUGGAAGGGGUAUUGAUGUACAUGGAGUUAAGUUAGUUAUAAAUUUUGAUAUGCCAAAAGAUAUAGAAUCUUACACACAUAGAAUAGGUCGUACUGGAAGGGCAGGUAUGAAAGGAUUAGCUAUUUCAUUUUUAACUGAACAUGAUACACAUUUAUUUUAUGAUUUAAAACAAUUUAUGUUAUCAUCGAAUAAUUUAGUUCCAUUAGAAUUAUCAAAUCAUCCAGCAUCAAAAGUAAAACCAGGAACAAUUGUACAAACACCGAAAAAAAAUCAAAUUUUAUAUAAAAAUUAA